AUGGAUCUACUACUCGCGGAGGAGGCCGGACGGGCCCUGGAUAUUGCUGAAAUCCUCAGCACCGUCAGGAAAUUUGACCAGGACCAUGUGCAGCCCAUUACCUUGGCCAUCACGGGACUGAAUGAUCUCAGCUGGGCGCUUCGAGAGCUCAACGACCAAAUUGACCUCGCUGGAAGUGCUGUCACCCGAUCUUUCGCGGACGACCUUGCACUUCUUCAAAACAGCAUCGCUUUCACACUGCAGGAUGUCUGGCACAUACUGGGCAAAAUUCCUCCCGAUGGGCCCAGGAUCGACUACCGCAAUGCCUGGAAAGAGGUUACACGGUAUUGUCACGGCAUGGGCCAACAGACCCUCGACAUGCGGUUGUCGACCUAUAAAUUGUUCACCUUUGGGUUAUGCAGGGUGUUGAAGAGACAAUCCUAUAGUCGACGACAAAUUGACGACCUCCGCCACGAGAUCAACGACCUGCAAUCGCUACAGCGCAGUAAUAGACGUUUGAUAGCGGCCACAGAGACAUUCGCAAACCUCUCUUUGGUGCCAGUCCAGCAGACAGUCAUACGACAACCCAAAUCACAAGUACGAGUGAGACCGAUGUCGCCUACAUCAUCACACGAUAGCUACGAAACCCUUCAGCACCAGGCGGUACCCAGUCCGCCGCCCUUGUCUCCUACCACCACCUUCUCCACGAUUAGCCAUGUGUCUAGCGCGGAUGCAGACAUUGGACAUUGGGCCACCACCAUCUUCAACGACCUUCCCACCACAAUGCUCGAAGAUGAUCCUGAAGUGUCGCGCUGCUUUGGAGACAGCGCAGGGAAAAGCCGAAGCCUGCCAGAUACUGAAUUCGAACGGAUCCUGCAGAUGAAAUACCCUGGUGGACUUCGAACCAAGUUUUACUGGCGGCCACGAGAUUACCGUUGCAAGAUCGUCUGUGAAUGGCCAGAUGGCCGUCGAGGCAUACGAUGGUCGUGCUUACCGCUCAAUGAAUUGCAUAUUCGGCGAGCUGGGCCGUUCCUCUAUCUUUGUCGUCCCACUGUCACUGCCCCAAGUACUUGCUGGACUAGUCUCAAGUUCACUUCGUAUGAGUGGCUGGUGAUUUUUCACUGUACCUUCCUCUCGCUCCGAUCCCAUGACAGCGCGACGCAUGUUGACAAUGCUCUUGACCAUUGUUUGAAAGGGGAGACCAGCAAUUUUGCCGGCGCAAUUCGGGAUAGCGGCUUCAAGCAUGCUUUGCGGCUGUAUCGGGACAAAGCAACGGAUGGGCUUCGACUUGAGGCGUCCGUCUUGGAGGGCGACAUGCAGCACUGCCCCAUCUGGACAGCAUUCAUUACGCACCACGUUACUUCUCCUACCUGGCUUCGACGGGCCAAGAACAGUUCUGUUGUUUACCUGGCCCAACUUCAGCGACAUGUUUUUUCUUCAAAAUAUACGCCUCACGUGGCGGCUAAUGGGGAACACUUUCUUGAUUUUGAGUUAAUCAGAGAUGCCGAGGACUUUGUGAAAACGAUCGAAGACUUUAGCGACGAGUACCGGGGUGUCAGAGCAACACCAUGAGCGACAACAAGGUCUUUUACGACUUGACGAUUGAAACGACCAAUGACGAGGACGACGGGGCGGAAAAAUGGUUAAUGAUUGAUCACAGCGUGGAGAGGCUUAGUCCUUGGAUACCCUUUGUGCGUUUCGUUCUUGACGUGUCUUCUCAGCUCCGUUUCUUGCUUGAAUUUUUGGAUGGUCGGUUUGGGCAGAGCGAGCGCUACAGACGUGAUUCGAUCAGACAGACGCUUCUCGAUGUCUUGGAUGGGCCUAGAAUUUUGGCGCCAGGUCCGGAAUUGACAACUAGGUUGUUGAUACUCAAAAGCUGCGCAAGAAGCCAUAAGCCACAUGAUGUAGAUUUCUCGGUCACCUCUCAGGCUGACGGGUAUCUACCUAGGUACCUGACCUUAGGUAGGUUACGAGAGUUGACGAGGUCGCCUGUUCGGGGCUGUCGUAGCCGGGCUCCCUGGAAGGCGAAUGCUUAUCGGUCAAGUGUCC